GAAUCUGAUGAUGGAUGUGCAGAUGUUGAAAUUGCAACUGAAAGGGAAAGAGGAGUUUUUAACUAUGGAGUCCAGCAGCGCAAGAGGAUGCUUCGGCCUAGGGGCAGCCCGCAAGUGGCAAAUUGUGAACCCCGUUUUAGGUCCCAUACUCAGGACUUUGAGGGGCAAAUCUGAGGUAUCUUCUGUCAUUUAUAAAGUUAGUGAAUGCAUGCAAGAGCUGAUAAAAUUAUGGAAGGAGUAUGAAACAUCUCAAUCUGAUAAAAAUAGUGAAAGCAGUCAUAAGGGCCCCACUCUUGAAAUUCGAAUACCAGCAGAACAUAUUACUGCUACAAAUCGCCAAGUAAGAGGUGGACAAUUAUGGGGGACAGAUAUAUACACAAAUGACUCUGAUCUUGUCGCUGUUCUCAUGCAUACAGGCUACUUCCGUCCCACUGCUUCUCCUCCUCCACCUGCCAUCCAAGAGUUAUGUGCUACUAUCAGAGUGUUGCCUCCACAAGAUAGCUACAUUUCUAUGCUGAGAAAUAAUGUUCGUUCACGUGCCUGGGGAGCUGGAAUUGGUUGUAGCUACCGUGUUGAGCGUUGCUGCAUCGUGAAGAAAGGAGGUGGAACCAUUGAUCUUGAGCCCUGUCUUACACAUACAUCAGCAGUGGAACCUACUCUUGUUCCUGUGGCUGUCGAACGGACAAUGACUACCCGUGCUGCAGCUUCGGGCUAAAGAAGAGGAUGAGAUCAGGACAGACUUUGCUGAUGACAAACUUAAUUAUAGAGAUUGCAUCUAUAAUUUUUUUUUAUCAACUGGGUUAUGCAUUGUGUAUGGAUAUACUCGUUAGAAGAAAGAUAAUCCAAUCAAGAUGUGUCAUUUUCUUAUUAUAUAUGUGUGGUGAUUUCAAAAUUAAUCAAAAA